ACUCUUCUUGUUAAUGGAAAAGGAAUUGAAGUGGACACGGACACGUCUCAUCAAUUGAACUCUACAAACGCUGACGCAACCCAAGCAGUGCCGUCUCGACUCACUUUCCUCUUCCAUUUCAAAAACAAAAGCAGUUGUCCCCGUUCCAGUUCCCAUUGGUUAAUGGGAACAUUGAAUGAUCGAUCAAUUUUUUUUUAGUAUUUAUUUAGAGUUCAAAUUCUCCAGAGAGAAAAAGAAAAAGAAAAAAAACAACAACAAUGGCUUCUACAGAUGGUCUGGUCCCAAUAACCAGGGCUUAUCUCGCUUCUUAUUACGACAAAUACCCAUUUUCACCUCUCUCUGAUGACGUCUCUCGCAUUUCCUCUCAGAUUCGUUCUUCCGCUAACGAUUUGCUCAACCACCUUCCUCCCACUCAAGAUGAAAGCUUGUUGGUACAUGAAGCAGACCGUGAGCCUCCCCAUAAAAUCGAUGAGAACAUGUGGAAGAAUCGAGAACAUAUGGAAGAAACGCUUUUUUUACUUGAAACUUCUAAUUGGCCAGCAGUGCUUCAGCAGCAGUCCACACCGGAUGAUGUUGAGUUUGCGACUGUUUUCAGUCAGCUCAAAGAUAAAAUUCAAAACACUUUGAAGAUUUUGGAGUUUUUCCAACAUAAGAAUUCUGAUCGUGUGUUCGAUACUGUUAUGACCUAUAUGCCUCAAGAUUUUCGGGGAACACUUAUUAGACAACAGCGGGAGCGCUCAGAGAGGAAUAAACAAGCAGAGGUUGAUGCUUUGGUAAAUUCUGGUGGAAGUAUACGCGAUAGAUAUGCUCUUUUGUGGAGGCAACAGAUGGAAAGGAGGAGACAGUUAGCUCAACUUGGUUCGGCCACGGGUGUCUACAAAACCCUUGUGAAGUACUUGGUUGGAGUUCCACAGGUUUUGCUAGAUUUUCUUCAGCAAAUUAAUGAUGAUGACGGGCCCAUGGAAGAGCAACGGCAACGUUAUGGGCCGCCUUUGUACAGUCUUACAACAAUGGUUAUCUCUAUUCGUCUCUUUCUUUUGGUAUUAUGGGGGCGGUUUGAUGCAGGAAAUUCAAAGAGGCAACAGGUAGCUGUCUUGGAAAAAGCUAUUGAUGUCUAUACAUCCGAGUUUGAAAGGUUCAUCAAAUUUAUGGGUGAGGUCUUUGCAAAUUCUCCCUUCUUAGUAUCAGCAGAGGUUGCCGGUGCAUUAGAAGCAGGGAAAGGCGAUGACUACAAAGAAAUAAGUGUUCCAGCUGGAAGAACUCAUGAGGUUUCUUUGAUAGUGGACUCGGUGAACUCAUAUAUUGCUUGGGAUUUCUCUUUGGUGCAAGGCAAGAUGAACAUGGAUAUCGGAUUUAGUGUGGAGUUUACAAAUUCUUCUGGAGAAAAAAGUUUGAUAUUACCUUACCGGCGCUAUGAGUCUGACCAAGGAAACUUCUGCACGUGUAUGGUGGGAAACUAUAAAUUGAGUUGGGACAACUCAUAUUCAACCUUUUUUAAGAAGAUGCUUCGCUACAAGGUGGAUUGCAUACCUCCAGUCGUAGAGCCAGUGCAGUCUGUGACUGAAGAGUGAGGAUGAGAGGAUCUCUCCUUGGAUGUAUUAUUACCCUUCAUUAAUGAUGCUUAAUGAUUUCUGUCAUUCAUCUGUAUUAUUUUUUAUUUAAAAUACCUCUUUUCAUUGCAUCUCCUGAGGAUUGUUCUUACUCAGUUCCAUCAUCAGGAUUUGCUACAAUUGUUUCAGCGAAGAAUCUUGUAAUGUUUGUAUAUUAUCGGGUAAGCUGACAAAGUUGAUUCUUAAAUACUAAAUGAUGAUGUCAUGUUCUAAGAGCA